UUUUUAAAUUCUGAUCGAGAGAACGACGCUUCAACCUCUCUCUUCGUCUCUCCGACUCAGACACAGAGAGAGAGAGAGAACCGAAACUCGAAGGAAUCAAUUAUUGAUCACCAUAAAAAACACCCUGCAACUCGUCACAACUCCACCUCUCUCUCUCUCUCUCUGUGCAUUGCAACUUAUCAAGUUCGAUCCAUCCAUUGAAGGAGAGAGUACAUUCGCAUUUUCGAUUAUUCGGGGGCUCUUUUCUCAGUCUCUCUCUCUCUCUCUCUCUCUCUCUGUGCAAUUCGAAAAGUUUCUGAUAUACAGAAGAGAUUAUCAGGACUGACGUGUGAUGGCCUCAGAGAGGGAACAUUUCAACCUUUCAGGACCCCUGCACCUGACUUAUGUUGACUGGAAAAAUGCGGAUCACAGAAGGUCUAUCGCUGCCUGUUUGGUUCAGGGUGUCUACAUUUUGGAGCGUGACCGCCAGGAGAAUAGGCAAGGGCCUGAAGCUCUUGCUCCUCCUUGGUGGGAGUUCUUCCAUUUCCGACUACAUAGUCAGCUUGUAGAUGAUGCUGACCACUCCAUCUUUGGUGCCAUCUAUGAAUUUAAACCAGCAUCCGACUGCAGCCACUUGUUAAUAAAUGGAACUCCACUUUAUGUAAUUGCCUUCCGAGGCACCCUAACCAAAGGCGAUGCUUUUUUGCGGGAUCUUCAAUUGGACAUCCACAUCAUCAGAAAUGGGCUUCAUCACACAUCUCGCUUCGAGAUUGCCAUGCGAGCUGUGCGGAACACAGUUGCAGCAUUUGGAAACUCGAAUAUCUUGUUAGCCGGCCAUUCCUUGGGGGCAGCCAUGGCAAUGCUUGCUGGAAAGACUAUGGCCAAGACAGGAAUUUUUCUCGAAGCUUUUCUCUUUAAUUCUCCAUUCCUUUCUGCUCCGAUUGAGAGAAUUAAAGAUAAGAAAGUGAAACAAGGGAUCCGAAUUGCAAGCAGUUUUAUCGCUGCAGGAUUCACUGUUGCUCUGAAGGCUCGGCAGCGGAGGAAUCUAUCAGAAGAUCCGUUUAUGGCUUUGUCUGCGUGGGUCCCAUGUUUAUUUGUUCAUCCGGAUGAUCACAUUUGCUCGGAGUAUAUUGGGUAUUUUGAACACAGGAAGAAGAUGGAGGAGAUUGGAGCAGGAGUUGUCGAGAGGUUGGCGACCCAGAACUCACUUGGGGGUCUUGUUAUGAGUGCGAUGGGGAAGGAGUCAGAAGAGCCGCUGCACCUCAUUCCUUCGGCAAAUCUAGUAGUUAAUUUAUUUCCUGCUCAAGACAUGAAACAAGCUCAUGGAAUUCACCAGUGGUGGAGACCUGAUCUGAACUUGCAGUCUAAGGUUUACAGCUACAGAUAGUGCUAGUCACAGUUUGUUGGGAUUUACCUUGUGUUUGGGGCACUGGUGGAUUGUUUUUUGGAUUACUUUGUAAUGGGUGAUGAUGAAGCAUUUAUGUUCCUAUGUAUUCCCCUGUUCAAUUUGUCUGAGACAUGUAAACUUUGAUGUAUUGGUUGUGGUAAAACUGAGAGUACCCCUUUGUCAAUACUUUGUGUAUUAGAGAUUCAUCUCGUGUUUGCAUUUA